UGUGGAUUUAAGUUAGAAUAGCCUGGCCGUUUUUCGGGAGGUACGUAAAAUACCUACUGUAAGUUUCCAGCACCUAACGUGCCAUGUUACAGCUACUCUAACAGUGUAUUGCGGGUCGUUGCUUCACGAUGAGAUGAUGCUGAGGUCCGAAAUAUCGUUACCUUAGUGUUAGAAGAACCUUCCCCUUUCUGUCCGUCCUCAAGCAGAAAGCCCACCGUCAAGGGGCUGGCCUGAGAAGAAUUAUUCAGUGUACUUUACGUUCCCGAAGCGCAAAUUUGCAAUUAAGCUUUUUGUAUCUUGCCGGCACCGAAGCCCAUCAGCGUCCGUCAUUGCUCAUCGCUCGCGUCGAACUCGCCCAAGACCCCGACCUUUUUCAGUCUCCGGGCCGUGCCCUGCCCGCUUCCAAAUGCCCCCCUCUCCGAGGCCAUUGCUUCACGAUGGCUACUAUCGAGCCACGGCUUAUACACCUCCUCAACAGUUCGCAAACUCCUGAUCUCCCUCCGAUACAGCUCCGACCUUUGGCCCCCGCCGCGAGCCAGUCACUAUCGCUACCCCCUCUCAAGCCCGACUUCACAGGAGAUCAGCUGGCCGACAGGCCCGGUCCGAGCCAGAUCCAGACACGCUAUACCGGUACCGCCCGCGAUGACCUGCCUGCCAAGCCGGUCCCUCGACCGGACGACAAAUCUGGCUUGCUCACUGCGUCGAUCCGUCCUCUCCAACUACUUCUCGCCGAACCCGAGGUGACCGCGACGACGAUUCCACUGCGCAUGAUUGUAGACGAUGCGCCCGAGACACCCGAGGACCCCUCGACCAAGAAGAGGCACAGGACGCUCCCUGCCAAGGAGGACUUUGUCCAGUUGCCACAGCCGCUCAAGAAGCAAAAGUCGGCACAGCAGGUCGUACCGCCCAUUAUUGCUGGACUCCACGAACCCCCGCCCGACCCCGCAGUCUUCCCGCCCAUUACCUCUGCGUCUUUUGACGACGGCGAGCAACCUUACGGACUAGCUGCCUGGAAGGAGUUUAGUAGCGGCCCCGAAGAGAGAUCUCUUGCCAUCCGCGCUGUUGACGCUGUUGACGCUGUUGAUGUGGAAAGGAAUCCCGCUCAGAAGGCCAAGAGGCGGGCUAUGAAGCCGAGGAAAAAGUGGUCAGAAGAGGAAACCAACAAUCUAUUGCUCGGAGUUAGCCGCCAUGGUGUUGGGAGGUGGACGACCAUCCUGGAGGAUCCCGACUUCAAAUUCAACGGCCGGACCGCCGGAGACCUCAAGGAUCGAUUUAGGACAUGCUGCCCAGAGGAACUGCGGGUCUCCUCGACCGAGGAGCGCCUCGCAUACAGGAACGCCGGUCCGGCCGCUCAUGCCGAGGAGAAGACUACACCAAAAACCGGAUGGCAGCUGGAAAAUAUCCUGAUACCGACUGGGGGUAGCACGGCUGAACAGGAGGCCAUGUCGCCAUCUGCUCCUCCAGACGCGGAUGCACCCAAGCGGAGAAAGAGUCGGGCGCACCGCAAGAGGCUGGAGGACCUCGCCGAGCUGGGCAUCCAUGGGCCCUUUGAGAAAUCACACCGCCGGAAACGCCGGCCUUUCACGAGGCAGGAUGACAGGGAGAUUCUAGACGGCCUGGAAAAGUAUGGGCCGUCUUGGACCAGGAUCCAGCGGGAUCCAAAAUACAACCUAUCUACACGACAACCUACGGACCUGCGUGAUCGGGUGAGGAACAAAUACCCCGAGAUAUACGCCAAAAUAGAAAAGGCAAACCUCCAAGUGAAAGACGCUACCCGCGGGAAAAAUGUCCUCGAGCCAUCCGUCAACAUGGCCGUCGAUAAUGCCCGUAACUCUGCUCUGCCCAUGUCGCUGGAGCCGCAUCUGAAUCGGUCAGGUUCCAAGGAGGACAUAUCGCGACGGACAACUACUCCCAGCUUCCACGAGUCGACCGAGUCACUUCCAGGCUUGGCCGAUCUUUUUGACAUGAACGAGGGCCCAGGCACGUCUCUUAUCGGAGGCCCACACGAGAUGGAUCUCAGCCACCUUCUCCUCGAUGACUCUCAUGUCCCGAGUGAGCACCCAAAGUUUGGCCGCCCAGACGCAGCCUCGAAUCGCACGUCUCCCGCUGGCGGGCAUGCAGACCCCGGCCUUCCGCCCAAGAUGGGGAGGGCGCCAAACAGGAAGUCCACAUGAUUUGGUUUCCUUUCGCCAAAUCUCUUCAGCAAUAUCGGAAUUGGGGAUGUUCUUGCAAUGCCCUUGCUUGGGAAUACCCUGGACACGGGUUGGGAUUCCACCCAGCUUUUUAUUUCUCUCUUUCGGGUUGAGGGCGCUCAGCUCACAUUGCAGCACCAUAACAACGUACACGCGGUUCGGUAAGAAGAACAUUUUUAUACAUUAAGAUAGAAAGGGAGCAAUCUCUAUUUCGGGUGAGGAGCAUUUCAAGUGGCGCGCGUCAGUUUUGUUACUAAGUAGUUGUGGUUCACUCAUCGGUAUUGUCGUUAUUGCGAUUAGCCAGUUUAGACGAUUUGUUGAUCUAUUACCAAUUUACCAGUCGGGCAGGCAGAAAUAACCAUUUCCAUAUAU